UAUCUCUAAGGUGUGAGUGUAAGGUGUGUGUCUUUCUGUGUACUUCGGCAUGUAGACCUAUAGAAACUCACCGUUAACGGUCGUGCUUUAAAAAAAAUAACAGGAAGAAAUCUACCGCGUGGGUCCUACGUUGCCCACCGUCGCUUCCUGAUUGGUUUCGUCUUGAACAUGGCGGCUGUUAGUAAGUAUCUGACAGCCGGCAAUUCCUCCAUCGCAGGUGCUUUGCUGUUCGCCGCUUAUGUGUUAAAACAAAGACUGUCAACGGAAACCCAUGGAGAGAAAGGCUCGUCAAAACCACUGCUGGACAAUGAGAAGGACAGAAAGACGGAUAAGGCAGCAGUGGACAAUGUUUUCUUCAAGCGGAUUUGUCAUAUCUUGAAAAUCCUGAUGCCACGGGCUUUUUGCAAAGAGUCAGGAUAUUUGCUUCUGAUCGCUGUCAUGCUCGUUGCCAGAACAUACUGCGAUGUCUGGAUGAUACAUAAUGGGACCAUGAUUGAGAGUGCAAUCAUUGGACGAUCGACGACUACUUUUAAAAGAUACUUGGUCAACUUUAUCACAGUCAUGCCUUUUAUAUCUCUAGUGAAUAACUUCUUAAAGCUGGGAAUUAAUGAACUGAAACUGUGUUUUAGAGUGAGACUGACCAAUCACCUGUACAAUGACUACUUGUCGGGGUUCACAUACUAUCAGAUUGGCAACCUGGACAACCGCAUUGCCAACCCAGACCAGCUGAUAACCCAAGAUGUGGAGAAGUUCUGUAACAGUGUGGUGGACCUCUAUUCCAAUGUCAGCAAGCCUCUACUCGACAUACUGAUCUACGUCUUCAAACUGAACACAGCCAUUGGUAGUCUUGGUCCUGCUACUUUGCUUGGUUAUCUGCUGUUGUCCGGUUUGCUCCUGACAAGGCUGCGCAGGCCGAUCGGGAAGAUGACCGUGACGGAGCAGAGGUACGAGGGCGAAUACAGAUACGUCAACUCUCGCCUCAUCACUAACAGUGAGGAGAUUGCAUUUUAUAACGGCAACUUAAGAGAAAAGCAAACCAUUAUUGGAACCUUCCAGAAACUGGUGGACCACUUGAGUCGCUUUAUACACUUUCGGUUCUCAAUGGGAGUCAUGGACAGCAUCAUAGCCAAAUAUAUAGCAAUGGGUGGGUAUCUGGUUAUCAGCCGGCCGUUUUUGGACCUUUCAAACCAACGGCACAUUAACAGCACAUACGCUGAGCGACUAGAAGACUACUACCAGAGCGGCCGGAUGUUGAUGAGCCUGGCUCAGGCUUUAGGAAGGAUCGUCUUAGCAGGAAGAGAGAUGACCAGACUCUCUGGGUUCACUGCACGAAUCACAGAAAUACAAGAAGUCCUGAAGGAGCUGAAUUCCGGCAAAUAUGAGCGAACCAUGGUGACACAGCGAAUAAAAGACACCGCAGUAGAAAAAAUCCCUCUUAUCCCCGGGAGAGGUGAAAUCAUCAUUGCAGACAAUACAAUCAAGUUUGAACACAUUCCUUUAGCGACACCCAAUGGAGACAUCCUGAUCAGAGACUUGUCAUUUGAGGUGUUAUCUGGGACAAAUGUGUUGGUCUGUGGCCCAAACGGAUGUGGCAAGAGUUCCCUCUUCAGAGUCCUGGGAGAGUUGUGGCCAUUGUGUGGAGGAAAACUGACAAAACCAGAGCGAGGGAAGCUCUUCUAUGUUCCUCAGAGGCCCUAUAUGACUUUGGGCUCCCUUAGAGAUCAAGUGAUCUAUCCCGACACGCAUGAAGACCAGAUGAAGAAAAGAACAUCUGAUCGGGUGCUAAAGGAGUACCUGGACAAUGUCCAGCUGGGUCAUAUCCUGGAGAGAGAGGGCAGCUGGGAAAGCGUGCAGGACUGGAUGGAUGUCCUCAGUGGAGGAGAGAAACAGAGGAUGGCUAUGGCUCGUCUGUUCUACCACAAGCCCCAGUUUGCCAUUCUGGACGAGUGCACCAGUGCUGUGAGCGUGGAUGUGGAGGACUUCAUCUACAGCCACUGUCGAAAGGUUGGCAUCACUCUGUUCACAGUCUCCCAUAGGAAAUCACUGUGGAAGCAUCAUGAGUAUUACCUGCACAUGGAUGGAAGAGGAAACUACGAGUUUAAACCCAUCACGAAGGAAACGGUGGAGUUCGGAUCAUAGUAUUGACGUUAGGCCUUAUUCAUGAGCAAAUCUUUGCGUAAAUCAUCUUUAAAUUAAUACUAGCUGCCGUGGAAAAGAUGUCUGAGGAUGGUUUCAUGCAGAAAUUUGCUUGUGUAAUUAAUAAAGCCUAAAUACAGAUCAGAAAUCAUUCCCAAUCUUAAGAAAAACUUAAAUAUUUGUAUUAUAACAUAACAGCUUUUCUUCAUUUGAGGGAAAGGAUUGUCACCGUGGAUAAAUAUCUCUCAGGGAGAGGUUAGUUUCGCUUUAUCUGAAAACAGUUUUGUAAGGAGUAAAUCUGGGUUAUCUCUCUUUUUUUUUUUUUUAUUCACACAUUUUUGUAAUAUAAAAGUAGUGAUUUUUAUUUUUGGUAUUUGGAGGAUGUCACUGGGAAAUGUUUGUUUAUAACAUUGUUGCAUGUCACUGGUACGAUAAUGAGCACACCAUAAAACUAGGGCUGGGCGAUUAAUCGAAAUUAAAUCACAAACGAGAUGAAGCAUUUGUCAUGCACAUCUUGUCAGGGAAGCAAAGUUGUUUGAUCCACUGAAGGCCAGAGGGCGCUCUUGCGGAACUCCCAACACCCAAGAAGAAGAAACCCAGGAAAUCCCGAUAGAGUUCCAUUAUUAACAGAAUAUUUCGCUGCUUUCGUCGCUUUAGCAAGAUUUAUUUAAGAGAAGCAUUUCUUUUAGACUCUGAACUGAAGUUAUAAAGUGAGAUUGAAGUAAAAAUAUGUUUCGAAUUAUAUGUGGAAAAUCAUGUGCAGAAUAACUACAGUAUUUAAGAGCCAUAUUUCAUUGAGACGCUACGCAAACAGCUGUCAGUCAAUGUCACGGAACGAUUAUAUCUGUCAUUAUUAGACAAUUACAUUGAUUUUGAUUUUAAAUGUGAUUUUGCGUAGUUUGUCAGUGUUUACUACAAGUUGAACGCGGAUUUACUGACAAAAUGUGAUUAAUUGCCCAGCUCUAUGUACAGUAAAUCACAAAAAAAACUGUAUUAUUUAAAGAGAUAGUUCCCCCAAAAAUUUUAAACAUAAUAUUAAUUCACUCACCCUCAGGCCGUCGGAAAUGAAGGAGACUUUCUUUUUUGUCUUUAACAGUUAAUAUUAAAACAGUGUUACCUAAAUCCAUUGUUAUUGGUGUUAAUUUUGAGGUGAACUAUCACUUUAAGUGUAAUGAGCUGUCUUUAUGUAUAGGGAAAUUAAUGUUAGGAUAUGAUGAAGUCAAAUAAUAUGUUUGAAAAUACUGGAUAUUUAUAUACUGUAUGAACAGAAAUAGUGCCUUACUGAUGUAUUUUACCGAAUUACAAAAUAUACAAAGAAUAACUGAAAUUGUCUUGUAUUUUUUUUGUUGCAAAAAUAUACAGCAGUCAACAAUUGAGGUGGAUGAAAAACGUUUCUUUUCAAACAACAAGCAAGGCUGUGGUUAAAUAGUUUUAAUUAGGACAACUAUGAUAAAAGGUUUUGAUCCACUUCAAAUGUUGACAACUGAAUAUUAUAUAGGCACUUUUUCAGUGACUCAUUUUGAAUCUACACUAGCUGAUAAAA